AUUGUUAUGUUCUUUCUAAAUGAUUGUUAAAAUUGAACUGUGAUACUUUGAGUUAACUGUCGCGUGAAAAUCUAUAUAAAAUCUUUCUUCGUGUGACCGUGUAACACUUUUUUAACGUGUAUACGAUAGUUGUCAAUGGAAAGGGUCAAGUAGCUAUAUUCCUUUAAUAAAGCACGUUGGCCUCGUUAAUAAAUAGCAUUUGAACAAUGUUGAGAAUUACUGUACAGCCGAAAUGUUCAACGAUUCGUAAAAUAGCAAAAAACCACCUUCACUCGUUACAGUCAUAAUCACCGAUUAGAAUUAAAAUGAAAUUACAUAAAAAUAUUAAAUGCACUGCUACCAUGCGUGACAGUGUUGUACCGAGUUAGAAAUACUAUAUAAAUUCAGGAUGAUAAAAGUUGUAUGGAGUAGGAGAUACAUUGAUAAAAUUAUCGACUUAUUCAAUUCAUAAUUUCUUCGACAUUUGUUUUUGUCUUCUUUUUUAUAAAUCGAAGUUGAGUUUUUAUAUGGAGGACGAUAAUUCUGUUUUCGUCAAGAAUUUUUAUUUAUCAUAGUUUAUUGAAUCGGUGGAACGUUAAGAUUAUUCAUACACGUGAUUACUCUCGAGUUUAUUAGUCUGCAAAAAGUAUGAAGGCUAGCAGUAAGUUUUCCUCCGCAAAUGUGAGACCAAUUUUGCGUUCUGUUCGGGUAUAUAAGUAACGGAAAGGCCUUCGACGCCUUUCAGUUCUUUGUUAUAUCGUGAAAUGAAAACAUUGAAAAUUUAGAAUCAGAUAUCCUUUUCGCUUUAUUCGUAUCGUCACGACUUCCGAUAGCACGGUGACCAACUGAAAAUAUAAAAGUUGCGUGGGAAGCUGUUGCGCUUCGGUGAAAGUUCCGACUUUCACAGGAACAUUUUCUAUAAUGGGCCUUGAAACAAUGGACGAGAAAAAAUGGCAAUUGAAAAGCGGUCGAUUAACUAAAUUUAUUAGAAAACGAAUACCGAUCGUGGACUGGUUACCAAAAUAUAAUUCGGAAAAAUUUUUAAAUGAUAUCAUUGCCGGCGUUACCGUCGGACUUACCGUUAUGCCUCAAGGACUAGCUUAUGCAACGUUAGCUGGAUUAGCACCUCAGUAUGGACUGUAUUCUGCAUUUAUGGGUGCCAUGGUGUAUAUAAUAUUUGGUUCAUGCAAGGAUAUUACAAUUGGCCCCACUGCACUUAUGGCAUUGAUGACUCAUGAAUAUGUACAGGGUAGAAAUGCUGAUUUUGCAAUAUUGUUAGCUUUUUUGUGCGGCUGUUUGCAACUUUUAAUGGCUUUCCUUCAUUUAGGUGUACUUAUAGAUUUUAUAUCGAUCCCAGUCACAGUUGGUUUCACCUCAGCCACAUCUGUUAUAAUUGUAGUUUCUCAGCUCAAGGGACUUUUAGGAUUAAAAAUUUCUUCUCAAGGAUUCUUAGAUACUUUAACAAAAGUAAUCCAGAAUAUCCACAGUACCAGUUUAUGGGAUACUGGCAUGAGCUUCACUUGCAUCAUUGUUUUGCUGCUGUUUAGGAAAUUGAAAGACAUCAAAUUUGGAUCCAGUAAUGAAAAGCCACAUAAAUAUCAGAGAAUACUAUUAAAAAUAAUAUGGUUGAUAGCAACAGCUAGAAAUGCUCUUGUUGUUAUUGUUUGUUCUACCAUAGCUUACAUAUUUAAUUCUGCAGAUUCUGGUUCUCCAUUUAUUCUUACUGGUCCUGUGAGAUCUGGUCUUCCACCUUUUGGUUUACCCCCUUUCUCUACGCAAGUUAAGAAUCAGACAUUUGGUUUCAUUGAAAUGUGUUCAGAAUUAGGUACAUCCAUAGCAUUGGUACCUGUGAUCGGGGUCCUUGGAAAUGUAGCAAUUGCAAAAGCUUUUGCAAAUGGUGGAAAAGUAGAUGCUACUCAAGAAUUAAUUACUUUGGGAAUUUGUAAUGUGCUUGGAUCUUGUGCAAGCUCUAUGCCAGUUACAGGCUCUUUCAGUAGAUCUGCAGUGAAUCAUGCAAGCGGUGUAAAAACUCCAAUGGGUGGUUUGUACACUGGAGUAUUAAUACUAUUGGCUUUAGGGUUACUCACACCAUAUUUCUACUUCAUACCAAAGGCUUCUUUAUCAGCAGUCAUUAUUUGUGCAGUAAUAUAUAUGAUUGAAUAUGAAGUUAUAAAGCUUAUAUGGAAAAGUAGCAAAAAGGAUUUAAUUCCAAUGUUUGUUACAUUCUUGUUCUGUUUGAUUAUUGGAGUGGAAUAUGGAAUCUUACUAGGUGUAGGAACAAACCUUGCAUUCUUAUUAUAUCCUUCUGCACGACCUACGGUUCACGUUGAUAAGUGUACAACUGCUUCUGGAAUUGAUUAUUUGCUAGUAACACCUGGGAACAGUCUUUACUUCCCUGCCGUAGAUUUUAUUAAAAAGUCAGUUGGAAACGUUGCUAUAAAGCAGGGUUUCAGUCAACUUCCAGUCGUAGUUGAUUGUAGAUACGUCCUCGGAGCUGAUUUUACUGCUGCUAAAGGAAUAGCUACGUUGAUAAAUGAAUUCAAUAGUAGAAAACAGGCUUUAUAUUUCUACAAUCCACGAUCGGAUGUUAUAGCCGUUCUUAAGGGAGCUUGCGGAGAAGAGUUUCAAUACAUAUCGACUCAAGACGAACUUUCCUACAUGUUAACAACUUGUCAAGAUAAAUCGUCGCAACAGCUUUUAGAAAUAACACGCGAUAAAUCUCACGAACCUUUGAUGCUAAACAAUCUCGAAGUUAUCCAUCGGACCAGGCGUUCGUGCCAAGAUCUGAGCGAAGUUACGACCACGUUGUUACACGCUACAGCUAGUUAAAAUAAUAAGAUGUACUUUAAUGA